AUGGCGUCUGCUCUCACCAUCCUCUUCCUUGAGCCCAGCUACCCCAAACCCAACAUCUCCUUGCACCCCAGUGCGCAGGUCACCCUGGGGGAAGCCGUGACCAUCCGGUGUGAGUGUCGGUGUGCGGGAGUGAGGGUCCUUCUGAGUAAAGCUGGAGACCCGGACGCACGGCGUUCGAUGGAUCCACCAGGGGACGUGGCUGCGUUUCCCAUCCGCAAUGUGAGCCGAGGAGACGCAGGGAGCUACAGCUGCCAAUAUAGGACCAAGUGGGAUCCACCCGUCUGGUCGGAGCCCAGCGACCCCGUGGAGCUGGUGAUAUCAGAGCUCAGCUUCCCCAAACCCUCCAUCUUCCUGAGCCCUAGCAGGCGGGUCAUCCUCGGGGGAGCCGUGACCGUCCGGUGUUGGGGUCGGCACCAGAACAUGAGGUUCCUUUUGUACAAAGUUGGAAACCCGAACGCGCUGCAGGACGCGGAGCCUGCUGGGGACAUGGCUGAGUUUCCCAUCCGCAACGUGAGCCGGAGAGACGCAGGAAGUUACAGCUGCCGAUACAGCACCAAAUCAGACCCGCCUGUCUGGUCAGAGCUCAGCGACCCCAUGGAGCUCGUGGUAGCAGGUGCGUAUAUAAGACGAACCCUGAAUAUCGGCACUGUCCCUAUAAAAUCGGGACUCUGCUCACCCUACUCAGAACAGCCAACAAAGACGGUGCAAGAGGAUGGCUCCAGAUCCAACCAACCAUCCUAA